AUGGCAGGGGGCACACAUGCCUUGGGCACAGUUUCCCCUUGCUCCGCCACUGCUAACAAGGGAGGGCUGGAAACCCAGGAAACUGUCGGGGGCAAGGCUUACCGAAACAGCAUCCAUUGGCACUAUGACAUCAGUUCCUGCAUAACUGGAAAUGACAUCAUUGUGCUCUUCCAGGGUUUCACCAUAGAGUUUCAGGAGAUGGAAAAGCAGAAUCCCGGGGGCCGGGGUAUGCCUCCCAAGGACAUUUAUAGUUCUCCAGUGUCCACUGAUAUCCAGGAAGAUGACCCAUUGGUCUCCCAAGACCUGGUGGGAGGGCAAGCUUCAUUUACAAGCAGCUCCCCCAACCUGAAGCUCACCCUUCAAUGGACCAUCCAGUGGACAUUCAAAUCAGCAACAUCUCUACAAGAUGCAGUACCAGCUCUGUCCCAUAUUCACUCAUUAUCGUGCACCCAAGACUUCAAGGUGGUCGCAUUUCGGCACAGAAAGUUCAAAGAGAGAGUCCAGCAAGAAGCUGCUCAGUGGCAGGAGGCAGCACCCCACGGCAACCAUUUUGUGAGCGCAUCCGAACUUUAUGGCAGUGCCCACAAUCCAUUCUCAACGCUUUCGAAAGUGCCCGAGGGCUCCCCAAUUUGUUUGACGCAGCUGGUUGCAAAAGACGUCUUUUGCUGUUUGGCUUGGCUCUCUUGCCAAAGGAGGCGGGAGAAGGAAGCGGGAAGGAAAAGAGCUCGACGGCAGCCAGGCAGGCAGGCAGGCAGCAGAGGAGGGCCGGCCGCUGGCAAGAAGAGGCAGGCGGGCGGGCGGGCAGGGAGCGGCGCGGCCUCGCCAGCCAUUGCGGCGGCGUCGGAGCGCACAGGCGGGCCAGCAGCAGCCGGGCCGCCGACGGAUCCCCGCCCUGCGGAGGGGGAGUCCGGCGCCGGUCCCCUGGACGCCAGCGGGGCCGGGCUGCGGGGCGCCAAGCCGGGCGCGGAGAGCGCGUUGGAGCGGGGCGAGCAGCGGGGAGGAGGAGCCGCCGCCGCCGCCGCCGCCCUCUCGGACUCGGAUGGUGCCGCCGGCCCGGGCAGCCACCCCGCGGCGGCGGCGGGGGCGGCGGGAGAGGCGCGGAGGCAGGCCGGCCCCCGCGCGCCUCUCCCCGCCGCCCCCGAAGCGGCGCGGCCGGGCUGGUGGCGGCGGUGGCGGCGCGGCUCCUCCUCCUCCUCCUCCGCGCGCCCCGUCGAUCCGGAGAGCGGCGCGCCAGUAGCGGCGACUGCGGCGGAGGCAGCCCCGCCGGCGGCUCCUCCUCUUGCUGCCGCCGCCGCCGCUGCCGCCCGGAGCCCUAAAGGCGCCGGUUGCGGGAGGAUGGUGCGCCUGGGCGCCGAGCUGCUGCUCCUGCUGCUGGGACUCCUCUUGCUCGGGCUCCACAUCACCCUGCUGCGCGCCGGACCGCCCGACGGCGCCCCCGCGAACCACAGCCAGCGCCGGCCGGAGACGCUCCAUGCAGAUAGCCUGUCAUCUCCUGACUCCAGCUUCACUCUAAAUUCAGAGGACAGACGGAGCUAUCCUGACCCCCAAGCGGCACAUAGACCGUUUGCCAAGCAGCGAUUCAGGCAGGAGAACGGGCAGACCUCUUUGCAAAGAGAUGGGCCUCAGUCUUUCCUUCUGGAUCUCCCAAACUUCCCCGACCUCUCAAACGCAGACAUCAAUGGGCAAAAUCCCAACAUUCAGGUUACAAUAGAAGUCGUCGAUGGGCCGGAUUCUGAACCAGAGAAGGAUCUCCAAAAGGAAAGCAGUAAACCCAGCUGGCCUGCUCCCUCGCCAGAUUGGAGGAACUGGUGGCAGCGAUCGGCCCCUACCGUCACCCGCAUGAGCAGCGGCGACCAGGAUUACAAGUAUGACAGUAUGACUGAGGACAGCAACUUCUUAAAUCCUCUUGGCGGGUGGGACAGGCACGCUUCCAGUCACCGGACGUUUGAAUCAAAGGAGCACCCAGAGUACGCUUACGCCCGGUUCCGCGGUAAGUUAUGCCUGCACAGCUUUACUUCAAAUCACGUAACAUGUGACAGGCCCAACUGUCCCGGGAUUGAAGACACCUUCAGAACUGCAGCCACGGAAGUGAGUUUGCUGGCGGGGAGUGAAGAGUUCAAUGCUACAAAGCUGUUUGAAGUGGAUACGGACAGCUGUGAAAGGUGGAUGAGCUGCAAAAGUGAAUUCUUGAAGAAGUACAUGCACAAAGUGGUCAACGACCUUCCAGCGUGCCCUUGCGCCUACCCCACGGAAGUGGCCUACAGCACCGCCGACAUCUACGACCGGAUGAAGCGGAAGAACUUCCGCUGGAAAGACGCCAGUGGGCCGAAGGAGAAACUGGAGAUCUACAAGCCCACCGCCCGCUACUGCAUCCGCUCCAUGCUCUCUCUGGAGAGCACCACUCUGGCGGCGCAACACUGCUGCUACGACGACACCAUGCAGCUCAUCACCCGAGGGAAAGGAGCGGGGACGCCCAACCUGAUCAGCAUAGAGUUCUCGGCGGAACUUCAUUACAAAGUCGAUGUUUUGCCCUGGAUCAUUUGCAAAGGGGACUGGAGCCGAUAUAAUGAAGCCCGGCCUCCCAACAACGGGCAGAAAUGUACAGAGAACCCGUCGGAGGAGGACUAUUACAAACAAUUUCAGGAAGCAAGAGAGUAUUGAAAAGCCCAACCGCCCUCUUUCAAACACUACAAAGCUUUGUGGGGAUGCAGGAGGGGCUCUCGGCCAACGGAGUUAGCCUGUUUUUCUAGUAAUUGUAUAUAGUUGUAUAGGGUACACAGUUUUCAUAAGGGUAUGUUUUAUAGAUAUAUGUACACACAGAGAGACUUCGUAUGCUCCUGUUUCCAAACAGCCGUUCACGUCGUAAACGUGCGUUCUCCCUCAGGGGAAGCUGUUCGGUGUAAAAACCAUGCUGGGUUGGGGUCUAAAUGGUGGUCUCUUGUCUGUACAUCAGCCACGAGACCUGGACCCUUUACCGGAUUUAGAAAAAGCCAAAGGAUUGGCUCUCCGGAGUCAGAUUCUCAAAUGCAGUCCCCUCAUUCAUUUGAAAGGGGGGCUUCAGCUAGUGCAGUGGUGGCGAACCUUUGGCCCUCCAGAUGUUAUGGACGACAAUUCCCAUCAGCCCUUGCCAGCACGACCGAUUGGCCAUGCUGGCAGGGGCUGAUGGGAAUUGUAGUCCAUAACAUCUGGAGUGUCAAAGGUUCACCACCACGGAGCUAGUGUAAAGACCUCCCAGAUUGGACCAUGUCACACAUGAAGCUGCUUUAUACCAAACCACGCCAUUGGUCCAAGGUCAGUAUUGUCUACUCUGACUGGCAGCUGCUCUCCAGGGUCUCAGGCAGAGGUCUUUCACACCCCAUCCUACUUGAUCUUUUUAAUUGGUGGAGCCGGGGAUCGAACCUGGUACCUUCUGCCUGCCAAGCAGACACUCUGCCACUGAGUCACGGACCCUCACUUAGGGCUGUGUUUGACUGCACAGUCUAUUACAGCCCAAUCCACAGCGCACACAGCUAGGGAUGGUGCCGUGUUGCUGCACUGCCCUGAAGGACUUCCAGGCAACACAGGAAGGAGAAACUUACAAGAAUACCACUUGGCAGCCUGAAAAUUGUCUAUUGGACAAUAAAGACUUGUGCCACCCUUUGGGGUAGUGUAAGUCUGCAGCCAGGGAGGAGGCAUUCCUGGGCUGAAAGCCAGAAGGUACCCAACUGAAGUCGGCUUCACCCCCAAUAAUGCCCCAAGCCCCCCUCUCCCCCCCACACUACAUUGUUGGGGCCUCACAAAUUGGCAGAGCUGCAGGGCAGGGGGCCCUUUCCAGGUUCGGGUGCCCCAGGAUUACACAUCUGCUGAUUUGGGCUCCCUCUCCUCCGGUGUGUUUGCCCUCACGCCGAUGGGGUGGACACCCACGUUGGCACAAGCCCGUGCCUCAUCCAGAAUCCAUUCGCCUUCCCCCCCUCUGGAUUGGGCCAUUCGAAACUCAAGUUGACCGUAGCAGGGACAUAAGAACAUAAGAACUAGCCUGCUGGAUCAGACCAGAGUCCAUCUAGUCCAGCACUCUGCUACUCGCAGUGGCCCACUAGGUGCCUUUGGGAGCUCACAUGCAGGAUGUGAAAGCA